AGAAAAAAGACAAAGUUUGUUAUAUAUCAUUGAAAAAUGGUUCUUGAAUCACAAAACAGUAUUGAAGGUUUUUGUUACCUGCAUGACAAUGUUGUUAUAUAUUAGUAAUAAGUUCUGACUCCAUUAUGGUAGCUUACAAAUUACUUCAAGUUGUAUUUUGGCAAUUAAAAGAUCUUAGCUCAUUAACUCCUGAACCAACUAAAAUAAAAGUAGGUAUCCAAAUACAAAACCUGGAAAGUCCAAACAAUCAAAGGCUCAUCAGCUAACUCAACAAAUGAACAGGCAAUGUAAUUAUAGUAGAAAUUUGCCAUCUCAAACCCGGUUAUCUCCAAAUCCCCCCUAUCUCGAACUCAAAUUAUUUCUCUUAAAUGCAAAAGCCAUUUGGACAAGAAUGCAUGACAAUUUAUGUAAAAACAUGUUAAUCACGCAUGACAACAGUGGAAAAAAUAUUUUGUCACAACUUUUAAAGGCCCAUUUUCACCCUUGAUGCAUUGAGCACCAUGAUACUUUGAUCCUGGAUUUUGUGUUACAUGAAAUUACCGAAUUUUCCGAAGCAAACUUGCAUAGCUUGUUCCCAAAGCAAUCCUUGGAAUAUUUUUAAUUCUCUUGCUGUAAAUACUUUCUCUUGUUGUCAUUGUUUAUAUUUCUGAAAGUAUUUUGUAAAUAUUCUGUAUAUAUUCAUAGAUUUUGUUCUGUGAAGACUAUGUGUGCCUGACGAAAUGGCCCCCAUUACAUGCCGUCGUGUUGGGAGACCAAAGUUACCUGGCUCUUUGAAGUCGAUUCGGUUCAGGGAAUCUGUUUUUAAUUUCUGGAGGGAUAGAAAAGAAGCUCUGGGAAUUUCAGAACACACAGACAGUGAGUUUGCAGAAUUCCUGUUACAUUGUUGAAGGUGAGGUUUGCUGCUUGACAGCUACAUGGUGUAAACCAUUUGUUCUGCUUCUUACAUAAAUUUAUUUUCCUGUGUUGCCGAUACACAUCUCCAGGCAGCAUUUGUAGUCAAUUUUCUUCCUUUCCUUAUUAGAUCAAACACCAGUUGUGAAUCUGCAGGGGUAAAUUUACCUCUGUCUUGUGAAGAAGAUAAUGAUACAAGUAAGCAAGUUCUUUUUAUUAUUGUAAGUCUCACAUAAGCUUUUAAGCUUAUACAUGUACAAGCUUAGAAACUUACCUAAGCUUAGAUUUUAUUUUUUGUGUGUAUAUUUAUUCGAUAAAUAUUUAAUGUUCUUAUAAAUAGGUUAUUUACAAACAUAUUAUUUGCUGGUUUAUUGUAGAUGCAGUUCCCUUGUUUUCUACCCCUAUUCGUGCAAAUCGUGCUGGUGAGUCGCCCUCAAGUUGUGUUGAUGUCACAGGGAUAUCAGACUCGGGGAACAAAGAGAACCAGAUCCAGGGCAUUCAAGAAGUCAACUGUUUGACCAGACCAAUAAUAGUUUGACUGGCAACCCAUUCUCUGCUGGUGGGGUUGAAAGUGAUGACAGCCUGUCUGAAGAAGACUCUCAUACAUCAGUUGAGCCUAUAUUUGAUGAUCAUCAUUUUCCUGACUUGGAGCAAAGGAAUGCAAAUAAAGGAUAUAGCAUUGUGGCGCAAAGAGAUAUCUUUUUUUUUCAAGCAUUAAAAACAAUAUGACAAGCACAGCAAGUAGAAUAUUUAAAAAUAAUUGGAUGAGGUUGAGCAAAAUAUUGUGUUUUGUCAGACAUGAGCAGAUCAAUUAUUUGCUGAAGCCGAAGGUUUGAGCAAAUAAUUUAUCUGCGUGACUCUGACAAAUCACGAUGUUUUGCGAUAACCAAGUUCAAUAAUUGUUUUAUAAUUCGAUCACCAGGUUUGCUUAAUAUUUUAAUCCCUUCUUGACUGAUCAGGGAAGCCAUCUGCCAUUUUUCACUCAUGAAUGUGGUUUCAAUUACCCAUGGGCAGAAUAUUAUUUGCAGCAAAACACAUUGAGAUGUUACUUAUGCAUGAGCAUACUGUUAUCUGUAGCCAGUUAUUUGCAGGUCAUGUAGUGGGAUCUCAACCAAUGGAAAGGAAGAAAAAAUGCAUCGAAUGAUAAAAUUCAUUAUUGAUAUCUUCAAGCCACUGAGGAUAUGGAAAAUACACUACUUGGAUCCCGAUGUAGUAUUGUAUGAAUUAUACAAUUAGUGUAUUUUCAACUGUGUAUUGUGCAGUUCCAGAAAAAAUCCAUACAACCCCCACGUAAGGGAUUGGAAUUUCCUGGGGUUGGGAACGGGGGGGGGGCUCUGUAAGACCAAACAAUUAAAGAAAUGUAUGAAGUUUAAUUGACAAUUCAAGACAGAGUGCAGUUAUGACUCAUAGUAAAUGAAUGUCCCAUACAUUCAACCAAUAUGUAAGUCAUAGUUCACAAUGUCAAAAAUUUCACAAGAUUUUAAUGUACUUCUGUGUGCAGUGUGAACAUCAUUGUGGAAGAUCUUAACAGGAGUGACACAUCUAGUGAUGAAUUCAGUGAUUACGAUGAAUGGAGUCUUGAUAGCUAUGGCAGUCCUGAGCAUCCUGAAGUUACAGUUGCUUGGUGAAAAGUGAGUAGGGUCAACCUUCAAUGAUUAAAGUUAGUAUGCAAACACCAGUUUGUGAAAAUACAAAUAUAUAAUUUUAAUUGAAAUAUAGGCUUGUAACAUUGCCUGUUCUGUAUGCAUGUUUGAAGAUAGGCACACCAUCAUAUGUCACACAGUAAAGAGUUGUUCUGCAGUUCAUCAUGAUGGGGCUGGGAGGGGGCUGGGGAGGGGGUGGUGAAUAUUAUAGCAAUUAAUAUAAUAAUAUUAUGCUGCUUAUUCACAGCAUGGACGUCAGCAGUGAGGAGGAUGAAAGAACCCUUACAAUGGUUGAUCCUUCUUAUGGUGCCGAAGAUGAUUCAAGCUGUGUUCAUCAUACUGCUGCUGUAGCUCCUUGUAUUGUUGCUGAAACCCCUUAACCUACUGACAUUGAUGAUGUACCAGCCAUGUUUGUGGCGCUGCUGGAAGUUCUGCUAUCACUGAGGCCCUUCAACAAGAAUUAAGCAUGCCCCAGGAAGAAGAAACCACCAAAUCAGCAGAGAAAAAUCAAGUUGAAAUUCUUAAGAAGCUAGAGGAUGCUUUCCAGCAGCUUACUAGCAAAGGUGAUCUUGAGACAUUACUAGUCCUUCACUCACGAAUGAGGGUUAUGGUCUCCAUCAAUAAGCUUCUGGAACUUUCAGGAGAUAAAUGCGCCCUUGGUGGCGAGGGACUUCAUUUGAAGGAAGAUGUGAAGACCAUUGGGUCCAGAGUUGAGAUCAUUCGCAUAUGUAAGAAUGGGCAUUGCCAGAAAUGGGUGUCCUCAGAAGUCUUGCAUGUAGGAGUGAAGAACAAUGUAGAGUUUUUCCUGAAUGAUUCCCUUCUUGCAGCAGCAAUAAUCAUUUCUGGGAAUAACUACAGCAAAUUUUCCUUGCUAUGUAAAGCCCUUAGAUUAACUGUUAUCAGCAGCAACACAUUUACAAGAUUCCAGAAGCACUGUGCAGCCCCUGUGGUUGAGGAGAUUUGGGAUGAAAUGAACUCUUCAAUAACUGGUAUUCUUCAACAGUAUGACGACUUGUGUUUGUGUGCUGAUGGCAGGAAUGACUCUCCAGGACAUAGUGCAAGAUAUUGUGUCUACAUGCUAAUGGAGCAUGCCAGCAAAGUAGUUGUGGACAUGGCAGUUGUUGACAAAAGGGAGACAGGGGGUAACUCAGAUGUCAUGGAGAAAGAAGGUCUGAGACGACUUCUUGAGAAGAUGGCUAGUGUCCUUCCUGUCAGUGAGCUUGCAACAGAUGCUUCUUCAUCAAUUAUGAAGCUUGUGCAUGAUAUGAAAGGUAUGCUUAUGUUGAUUGCAAAUUUUCAUCUCGAGCAUCUCAUCAGCCAAGUCUUAAAUCCCUUUAUUCUCAGUGUUUGGAAUGGCUACCCUUAGAGGCCUUGAGUAUAAAUACAUGUAUUCGAACUUCUUUGGGUGCAGUUUUUUCCCCAUAUAAACCCCACAGCUGGUGAUUACUUGGUAUAUUAAAUAGUAAACAGUUAUUUUCAUCAAGGAAGUAAAGAAACCUGGACUUGAUCACCAACAGUUGUGCUUGUGCCUUGAGAAUUAUAACUAUUGAUAAAACAGCAAUCAGAGAGAGCUUCAUUGUCAAUAGGCCCUUUGCACAAUCCGGUCACAUGUUUCGGAAUUAAGUAUGCUGGGACACAAGUUACACAGUGGGACUUCCAAAACAAAGGAACCCGUACCAGUCCAGCCCGAUUUUCCUUUAUUUUAAAAGUCCCACUGUGUAACUUGCAUCCCAGAAUAAUGAAUUCCAUGCCAUGUGAGAGGAUUGUGCAACAGGGGUAUUAACUAAUAAUAGCUGGUUUUGUUUGGGUAGAAAAAUUUCCACAGUUGUUGGAACUGUUUCACUCUCUUGAUAUUUGGCACAAGGCAAAGAAGCUGAGAAGUGUCUUCAUCAAGUAAGUGCAGGUUUUGUCAAUGUCAUUUACAUGUUGCAUGUAUGGUCUAGUUUCCCAAAUGAAACAAAUGUUUCUAGUUGUCUUUGUUCUGAGUAAGUUGGCCACCCUACUUUGUAUCUUUGAGCUAAAUUUGCCUCUGUUUUUGUUUUGUUUUGUUUUGCUUUUUGCAACAGGCUGCUCACAUCAGAGGAUGUGAACCUCUGAAAGAGUGGAUUGAUGACAUUGUCAACCACUUCUGGUUUUGCCGUCAAAGUUGUGAUGGAGGUGUGGAUGAACUGAAGGUUAGAAACAAUUUUUUUAAUUGAAUAUUGUGCUAGACAGGAGUGCCAUUGUUGCGUGAUCUACACAAAGCAGUUUUGCUGUACAGUUUUUUUCCUUUGAGAUGCAAUUAUCUUACUGUUGUCUUAUUGUUUGGUUUGAGUGCAUGACACUUCAUCUCACAUUAAUCAGAAUCUUCAGCUGAACUAAUGUUUACUGUCUUAUUAAUGUUCAUGAAGUUACCUUGGACUUCUUGUUUCUCUAGUAAUUUUUUGUUUAGCUCUAGUAGCGUUCAUGUUUAUCAUUUUUAAUUUUUAGAAAACUUGGUUUGGUGUUCUUCACCAUGUUUGUGGGGAACACGAAUGGGCUGGAGGAGCCUGCAAGCAUUCCCCUGAUGAAACAGAAACUUCAGGAAAGAUGUAUUCGGUGAAGU